AUGCGAAAUGGUCAGGUCUGUGAGGUGCGUGCGGCGGUUGCUCAAAGGCUUGGGAUAACAAACCCGUCGGCUCGAAGCUCUUCUGCGCCUCCCAGCUCUGAAGUCUCCUUGCUGCAGCCAGAUCGCCCUGCCAGCGCACCCGCUGCACGCUUGCAGGUGAAGCUGGAAGGCGGCCAGAAGGUGCUUCUGAAGAUGGAGUUUGGUGACACAGUGGGGGACCUCUGGCAGGCCCUUUCUGAGUGGCGCUCCAAAAACAAGGUGGCUCGUGCUCGACCAGGAUGUGUUCUCAGGACUGCCUUUCCACCGAAGGCAUACACUGCCUCCUGGUUGCAUGCUGCCGACAGACCAGUCGUGGAAGGAAGUGCAAGACUUGCCAGAGUUGAUGCUGCUGUUUGA